AGUCAAUCUCCACCAACACAAAAACAGACAAUGUCAUCUUGUGAUUCUUUGGAACAUCAGAUUGAGCAGGAGACUAUAAAAAUGAAAGCACAAUCAGUGUGGUAUAGCUUCAGUAAGAUUUUUUGCCAUAUUUUGUUCCAUAUUUUAUGUUUUAAAUUAGCUGAUAUAAAUGCUUAAAAGUAGGUGUGCCUAUUCAAUUACAUCUGAUUUUUAACAAAAUUAAUAAACUAUUAUAGAAGCUCCCAAGACAAGAUUCGAUUAAAACCAUCUACAUUUACAUUUGCAUCAUUCUCAGGGUUCCCACACAGUCAGGAAAACAGGAAAUAGUUGGGAAUGCAUUAAAUAAUUUUCCCAGUCGUGAGAACAGAGAAAAUGGGCAUUCUAGUAACAAAGUUUUCUGCCAAGUCGAGAAUUAAAAAAACAAACAAAUAAUAAUAAAUUUGGAUUCCAUGAAAAUGGACCUUAAUUGUUAACCUCUUCUAUUUUUAGCCCUUCUGUUAUCAAAAGGACUUGGCCACAAUACUAGUUGUUUUCCUUUAACUGCGCGUGCGUUUUGAGCUUUAGAAGUUUAAAAUACGAAAUUUUGUACUGUACGUAGACAAGAAAUACUUUUUUUCUGUUCAGUUCAUCGAUCAAGAGAUGUUUGGGUAAGUGAAAUGUAAAUAGUAAAUAAUCAUUUGAUUCUAGUUUUUAAUUGUUAGGUAAUCAUUAUAAAUAAAAAAGAUCACUGUCUAAAAUGACUAAGCCUUCUGAGCUUAGCCUACUUUGUUUUAAGUCAUAUUGAUUUUACAAUGGUUUUACUGUAUGUGUAAUUUAAAAAUACUGUAUGUGUAAUUUAAAAAUACUAGCGCUAUCCUAAUUUGAAUUAGCUAUACAAUAAUAAUAAUAGUAGUAAUAGAAGCCUUCAGUAUUGGUCAUAUUUCUAUCCCAUGACCAAAGUGAAGGAAUUUGAUUUUAAAAUACGGUAGGUUGCCUUUAUCUAAAACAAUAACAUCGUCAUGUAUUUAUUUUUAAUUAGAGUUAGGUUGUUAAGUUUAAGUACGAAGUAGGCCUUCUAAAUAGGCUAAUAUUAUUAAGUUAUUAUGUGAUAUUAUUUUUUUCAUAAUGUAGUUUACGGUAACUUCUGAACUUCAUUUAAAAGUUAUUAAAACUAGUUGAUGCACCUAUUAUCCAUUGCGCAUAACACAUAAUUGUAUAUACAGUGGAAUCUCUCAUAACGAGCAUAAUUUGUUCCAGAAUCUUACUCGUUAAGCGAAACACUCGUUAAACGAAACAAUUUUUCCCAUUCAUAUCAAUGUAAAAUACGAUAAUGCGUUCCAUGCUGAGAAAAUACCCAUUUUUCAAAAAUUUAACAUUUAUUCAAAUAAAAUUACUUAUGAAUUGUUAAGGAGUGUAACAACUUGGAAUACAAUUUAGAUUUGAAACAAAAAACGUAAAUAAUAUGAAUUUAUGACGAAUAAUUAAUCCUUUUUAACUAUAAAACUGUCUAAAGACAUUUUUUUUUGCAGACGCUUCAAAAUUUGACGAAAAUGUGUCACAGCAUUAUCAUUAAAUAAAUCUGUAGCACGAAUAGCCACCUCCUUAUUAGGGUUAUGCUUCUCAAUGUACGAUUCAACAGUUUCCCAUGCUUUCAGCAUUUCUCUUAUUGUGCUAGAAGAUUGUUGCUCUGCUACUUCCUCCUCCAUUAAUGAGUUCUCCUCCAUAAUUUCUUGCUGUGAAACACGAUGCAACGCCAUAAGCUUUCGGUGGUCAACUUUUGACUGUGCUCUUUCACAAGCUCUUCAAUAUCCUUGUUGUCCACCUCGAGUCCCAUGAUAUUGGCCAAUGACACAAUCUCGUUAACUGUAGACUCCACAAGUACUGUUUCAAAAUCACAUUCAACAACACUCUCUGGCCAAAGUUUUUUUCCAAGCAGAAGUGAAGGAAAAAGGGACUUCCCCUUUCUGCAUAAAUCGUUAUGCGAAAUUUCGCUCGUUAAGGGAGCAACUUCUUCACAUUUUUUUUGCUCGUUAUGCGAAUAACUCGUUAUGAGAGGUGCUCGUUAUGAGAGGUUCCACUGUAUUUAGUUCUUAUUUGUAGACUAGUUAUGCACACCUGUUUUCUGGUUUUACAUGACAGAAUUAAUGCUAUUAUUCAUAAGCACAGUGGGAUAGGCCAGGUUUUUUUUUUUUUUUGGUUUUUUUGAUAUUUUUUUUAAUAUUUUUUUUUUUUUUUUAUUUUAGAUUUUUUUUUUUUUUUUUUUUGAGGGGGGGGGGUGUGUGAGGUUUUUUUUUUUUUGGGGGGGGGGGGGGGGGCAACUUUGGAGACAAAAAAAUGUAGUGGUGUGUUCGAGAAAGUCCUGACUAUGUCAUUUCAUAUGCAUAUGCCUAUCUUAGUAUCUCUUCUGACUCUAUAUUAGUUUAGUACAGGUAUAAUAUAGUCUAUAUCAUGUAUGCCUUAAUAUAAACCUAAUAUGAUAAUAUAUUGAAUCUAUUUUGUUUCACUUUGCACAGUUUAGGCUAAAUAAAAUAAUGUCCAACAGUUCCUUUAAAGAUUGAUGUUUAGGACAGUAAUCAUGAUUGAACAAGUCAUCACUGCUACACUAUUACUGGAAACAUCGAUAUCAAAUAAAUUUGCAGGACAGUUCUUAUGUGCCAUUUCAAGAGAAAAAUAUUUAAUAAACGUCAAUCAUCUGAUGAGAUGUCAUCUAUUAAGUUCAACUUCAGCUUAAUCAUCUACUUUAGCUGUCCACUUCUGCAACUUCUCCAUCAAGCUCCCACUUUAUAUGUCCAAAUAACUAAACCUUUAUUGGAAAGAUUUUAUGGACACUAACUAAAGUAUGUUGAUUCAAACUAUCAAUAUUCAUUGUAAGAAGAAAACCAGGACUCCAUAUAUGAAGAGAUGCUUUCUGCUUGUGGUGGCUAUAUGCAUGUUCUAUAAUCCCCCCAUGUUUCCUUAGCCCUUUUAAAGUUAGCAACUUGUCAAGUCUAAGUAAAUUGAAAAAUUGCUAGGAAAUUUAAUAAAUAUUUACAUGUAUACACCUUUGCAUACACCUUUAUUGCUUAAUUUUAUUCAUAUGUGUUGUAUUUCAACAUUGUUUUUACUAUUACAAUUUCAUGCUUUUUUUUAUAUUAUCAACAAAACCGUCGCUUUGCAAUUAUCAGGAUUUUUUUUUUUUAAAGUUGGGAAAAACUAUGGAAUUUUGACUUCAAAAAGAGUGGGAACCCUGAAUUCUGGAUACCGUAUUUUCGCGCAUAUAAGAUCACCUAAUUUAUAAGACACACCCACAUAUAAUAUGCGGGUUUUGACGAUUUAUGUAAACAAAAAUUACAUAAGAUGCACACCGCCUAGCCAUCUGCCAUACUGAGCAAUUUAUAUACCCAUUUUUAAGACGCACCCUUAGUGCGGGGUGCGCAAAACUUUGUAUAAGAUGCAUCUUAUGUGCAUGAAAAUAUGGUAGUGUUUGUUAAAACUAUGCAUAGGUUUGCCUAGGGUUGGUUGGCUUCAAUACUGUGCAUGCCCUUCUGCAACCUAAAUUUUUCGAAGUGAGUGAACAUGCACAGCGGGAUCUUAAAGAGCUUCAGCUUAGACAGUGUGUUGCCAGGUUGCCACUGCACUAUGUGGUGGUGAAACUUACCCAACAUAUAUUUGUGGCUUUCACCCUCAUGAGAAAGAGUGGUUCACAAAUCUUUGACCCGGGUGGGAGUGGGAGAUCAGGGUGUCGUUUUCUAUAAUAUGCAGAUGAGAUAGCCAAACUCCCCUUUUUAUCUGUUAAAAAAAAAAAGGCCCAUACAGAUUAAUUUGGCAGUUAACUAUCUUCUGGUUAAUCUGUGUAAACGUAAUUACAAGUUAAAAGUUUUCCCUUCUGUUACAUGUUUUCAUGUGAUAGUACUUGUUAUUUAUUUGCAUGUGAUGGUAUUGUGGCUGUGAUUUUUUUAUAAAACCACCAUCCUUUUUUUAAAAAUGUGUGCCAAGCCUCUAGGCUUUACAAGGACUGUUGUGACAGUUUUUUCAAAAUGUUAUUUGUGUUGUGAAAAUUAUAUCUUCUUUCAUCUAUUUUCAAAGGAUGGAAUUUUAAGCCCAAACAGACCAUGAAGUAUGAUAGCCCAUUGUUCAUGUUAGGAAAAUGCUAUCACAGACGGAAAGAUGGUAAGCAGAAACCAACUACAAUUCAUCUUUAAUUAGUGUCAUACUGAAUAUUAAGAAAAACAAUAUGUUACUUUAAUAAACCAAGUAUAGAAAACCAGGACUUUAUAUUAAACAUAUACACUAACAUAAUAAUCUUUGGGUGUUUUUGAAAGUGUUGCUGUAAAUAAUUUUAAAUUUAAUUUUUUUCCCUUAUUACAACAUGAUCAUUGAAGCUAAAAAUAGCUCUUAAUGGUUUAAAUUUAGGAAUAAUUUUCUAUGUGCUUUCUAAUUGUUCAGUGUCUAAUAAGUAGAUAUUUAACUUAGCGUUAGGGUGAAUUUUAAAAAAUCCCACUUUUGUUUUGAAAUGUAACAAAAAGAUCCUAGUACUGAACCAGAAGAAGGGCAUUUCUUAAAAGAUUUUGCGAGUCGCAUAUGGUUGACCUACCGUAGACACUUCUACCCCAUUCCUGGAACAAGCUUGAAUACAGAUUGUGGCUGGGGAUGCAUGCUCCGCAGUGGACAAAUGUUGAUUGCACAAUGCCUAGUGACUCACUACUUAACUAGAGGUACAUUUGAAUAUGGUUUUUUUAAUAAUUCCGAUUUUAAAUCACAUAAUGUAUGUUACAAUUAUAAUUGUUAUAUUUAAAUUUUUUUAAAAAUGUUAUUUAUAUUUUAAAGUAAUUUUUCGGGUUCAUUCUCAUAUACAGGAAGAGCACUAGUUUUGGAGUGAACCAUUUGUCUUUCUGUAUUAUUCUGUUAUUUAUUGUACCUAAUGGGAUCACAUUGACUGCUUCAAUGGGUAAGUGGCUUUUCUGUAUACGUAAAAUCAUUUUCUGCUCCAGACUGGAGGCUAUAUGAUUCACAGACAGAAACUCAAACCACAUUCUACAGAGAGAUAAUUCGUUGGUUCUCCGACCCAAUAGACACCCCAUCAGACAAAACACCUUUCUGCCUACACCAUCUUGCCAAGUAUGGUCUUAAUCACCACAAAAAACCAGGAGAAUGGUAUGGACCAACUUCAGUUGCCUAUAUUUUCAGGUAACAAUAUUUACAAUAAUUUUCAUGAGAAUUGUAACCAAUAUGAAUAAGUUAUUCUAUGAAGUUGAGAAAUUCCUUUGAAUUGUUGUCUUGCUAUUUUAAUUUUUAAACACACAUUGUUUUAAACAAAACUAAGAAGUUUAUUUACAGAUUUCUUAAUAACACUAUGCUCUUCAAGAAAUAUGUAUGUCAUUUUUUUUAAAACCCAAUAACGCCUUACAGAUAUAUUUCAUUAUUUUUCAGAGAUGCAUUCACACACGCUAGCCAGUCACUCCCAAUCCUUAGUCAGCUGUGCAUCUAUGUAGCCCAAGAUUGUACAGGUAUUAAUGAAUCAUUCUUAUCUGAAUUAGUAUAUUAUGGUAAUGGAUGUAAAGGAUAAAAAAGCACAAAGAAGAAGAGAAGAGUGAGAUUAGAUCACAAGGUGCAUUAAAUUAAGGCUUAAAAUAUCUAUGAGCAUAAACUGGUAUAGGAAAUAAGUUUUUGUUUGUUUUUGUUUGUUUGUUGUUAUUUUCAAAACUGUUCAUAAUGGUCUAGAACAAUGGUCAAUUUUCAUUAUUGUAUGUUUUUACCUCAUUCUCUAUAGUAUAUAUUAAGGAUGUCAUUAACUUGUGCACGUCCAAGCAAAGAUCAGAAAGUAUAACCAGUUCGUCUGAUUCAACUCAAGCUGAAGUUAAUGGUGAUACAUUUUCUGAGGUAAACAGUAAUUCUAUUUCUUUUUUUUUUCUGCCUUAGAAAACUUGAGAGGUUCCAUAUGAUAGUUUUAUACUUAAACCAACAUUAUUUGUGACUUGUAGUGUCUCUGAUCUCUUUCAGUUAUUACGUGUGCACCUCUAAGCUUGUCUCUAAAAGUUCCUAUUAGUUUUUACAAUUUUGAAAGCUGUUUUUUUUAAAAAAAACAAUUUAUUGUGACUCAGAAAAUUGUGUGUGGGUUUAAGUUGCAGGGUUCCAAUGACACAUGGCUGAGGUCUCUGAUAAUCCUAAUCCCAAUGAGACUGGGCGGUGAAGUCAUGAAUGAGAUUUAUGCUCCCUGUGUGAAGGGACUCUUGUCUCAGAACAACUGCAUGGGCAUCAUUGGGGGCAAACCCAAACAUUCCCUGUAUUUCCUGGGGUGGCAAGGUGAGUAAAGUAGUGCCAGUUAAAAAUGUUCGAUUUUAUGUCACUUGCCAUUUUUCUCCUUUUAUUUAAAAAAAUAUAUAUAUAUAUAUAUAUGGCCGAGUGGUCUAAUCUGAGCAAAUCUCAAGUUGGUGGUCUCGAGUUCAAUUCCAGUCAAAGUCCAGUCAAGUAAAAACAUCACCAGCACCCCGGGACUCCUUAACCUUGGAUGGCAAGAGAAGGAAUCUCUGAAUUCGAACCCGGAGAUGGAGGCCUGUAGGUGGAUAAUAUUGGAACAAAGAAAAAAAUCAGACAACUCCUGUGAUGCCACUGGUGCCAAGCUGUAUCAUCCACAUGACGUUCCCUUGGGUUAUCCAGCGGCGUGGAGAGAGGGGAUUUGCUGUUGGGAACCAUCUUAUAAUCCUAGAAGAGUAAUCCCAGGCCUUGUGGAUUUUGUCCCGAGAAGUCUUCACUGUCAGCAAAAAAAAAAUUAUAUCAAUAUAUUAUUACAUACUAUACAUAUAUAUAUUAUAAAAAUAAAAUAUAAUGCCAAAUUUAUGAUAAAUUAUGACUGGCAACCAGUUGUACACAUAAAUUGUCAUGCAACGCAUAGUUUUUCAAUAAUUUUUUUUUUCAAAAUUUUAAUAUUGUCGUCCCUCGACAUAGAGCAGUUCACUUUUCGGCAUAUGUGUAUUUUUAUUUUAUUAUUUAAUUUUUGCAGCAUAAUAGACAUUUUCUAGCCUUAAAUAAGUUUGGGAAAGGUUAAUAACAAUGUGGAAAAGGUUUAUUAGAAUGUGGGAGAGGGUUUAUAAAGCCUUAAAAUAUAUUUAAAUAAUUAAUUAUAAGGUAGCUACUUCGCAUAUUUUCUCCUUUUGUGGGGCGUUCUGGAACCUAACCCCUGCGAUAGAUGAGGAAACACUGUAGUGAUCAUUUAUUUUAGGGUACCUCAAGCUUUUUAAUUUAGGGGUGCGGUUCACUGUCUCUCAGACGCUGUUGGAGGUCGGACUGUCAUUUGAAAAAUAUAAUGAUUUCCUGCACAUAAAUAUGAAGUCUAAAAAAGGAAAAACCCCACAAUAUUUAAAAUGAAGAACACUUUUAAGCAACAUAAAGUUAUUAGUAUUUCAGUGGGAAGUAUAGACUUGCAUUUGGAUAAAUAGAUGGGUAAAUAUCUAUUUCCAUAUACAUCACUGCUACCCGGGUCACAUUAAGUUACAAUAUCUUUGUUCUCUAGGGGUAAUUUAAUUAUUCGACAAACCAAUGAUUCAUAUAACAAAUGUCUCUUUAUUUAAAUAAAGAGCAUCUUCUUUCAUCCUGUUCUCACUCUACAACUCUAUUACCAAUACUCCAUUACUGCUACUCUAAAUAAACUAUAACAAAAUUAACGUCAUAUCCCAUACCGGUACCCAAAUACAUCACAAAAUACAAAGCAUAUAGCUACAAAAAUACUCUCAGCACCAAGCACGCACGCACAAAACACCAACGAAUCAUUAACACCAGAGUCAGGUUGGAUCUGGGCAGUGGGCCCUAGCUUGAGGAUCCUUAUUUAUAUGUGGUCAUGUUACUGUAAGGUUUAAAAAAAAAAGUGAAACAUUUUAAGAUGUUUUUAAUUUUAAAUUCUGAUCUACAUUAUUCUCCUGCCUGAAUAGCCCAUUUGUUGAUUGAUUUCACAUCAUUAUGAAGUCAUCACUAGAUGCUUUUAAAAUGCACAAAGAUAUUUCAUGCCGUCAGUCAUCUUCUUACUGUAGUGUUCUUUUAAAAUUUUGUAAUUUACAGAGGAUAAACUUAUCUACCUUGAUCCUCACCUUUGUCGUGAUGCAGUGGAUAUCAAUGAUAAAAAUUUUAGCAUUGAGGUAAGUAGAAGGAUUACCCAUAUCUGAUAGUGCUAUUUCCCCUUUUUUUUUAAAUGAAGAGAUGCAGCUUCAUUUUAUUUAAUACAGAUUUUAUUAAAUCACACAGCAGAUACUUAUUUGUGUCUUUAAAAAAUGGGCUUCUUGAUUUUACUUAAAAAUCUUAGAAUAUGCUAAAUUUGGAAGCUAACCAUUAGGAGAUGUGGUAACAGACAGUUGAAUGUCACCUGAAGCAAUUUCACAAGGGCUUGGACAUAAAUUCUAAAUUAACUAUUCAACUUUUUUAAAAAUGGCUUUAUACACUGAGUUUAAUUGUUCUCUAUCAUUUAAAAUUUCUAUUUUUUAGACCUACCACUGCCUGUCCCCUAGAAAGCUCACUAUAAACAAAAUGGAUCCCAGUUGCACUGUUGGCUUUUACAUUCGCAACGCACAAGAGUUUAAAAAAUUUGUCCAGGAAGUAAAAGAGGUAACCCAUUUUUAGUUUUCCUUUUCACACAUGCAAUUUGUAGAAUUUCUGAUUUUUUUUUUCCAAUACAUUUUUUGUAAAUAAAAUCUGACAACUAAAUUUGAGGUGCUUGUCUGUUUCCCAAAAUUUAACUCAUCUGUUUUUAUACCUUCCCACACAUAUAGAGGGUCACAAUAUUACUAGUCAGAAUCUGCAAUUAAUUAGGCAAACAAGCAAUACAAGGAAGCCAGUUUAUAAGUUCUCCAUGACAUUCUGUCACUUUAGAGUAUGAAUAAAACCUAGUUUAAAACAAUAAUAUCUAAACUUGUGAUAUGUUUUUACUCGUCUUCAGUACAUCUCCCCUCCAAAGCAACGAGGGACAUAUCCAUUAUUUAUUUUCUCCGAGGGAAGUCACCAUGAUGCAUCGGGACAAGACAACAUUUUAACAGAUAAAGGAAGAGUGAGGGUUACACAUUAUCAUUUGGAUGAAAAUGGACAAAGGAAGCGCACAUUUUCUAAAGAUUCAGAAGAAUAUGUCAUGCUCUAAAAUGCAGUUGACGUAGUCCCUAGGAUAUUAUUAAAUAAAC